UAGCUGCUAGCCACAUGACAUGAUGAAGCCAGCCACCCAACCUUCUAACACUUUCUACUUCACACUCCAAACAAAAAUUAAAUAUAAAUCUUGUCUUAUCUGAACAGAUUCUCAUAUAAAAAAGAAUUUCCUUCCAUCCAUUUGUUGUCAACUGCCAAAAGAAAAGAAAAACUGAUCAAAUCAUAUAUGGAGAACCAAAGUCCUAAAAGAAUGAAGAGCCAUCUCUGUAUCCCCAGGCUCAGAGGCAGCCAUAACACUACCUGCACUAUCAAGAACAACCACCGCUUGUCUCCGAUGACCCUCCUCGAGCGCUUCCGUGAGGCGGUGUUUCGGUUGAUGAUGCUGUCAGCUCUAUCCAAAGCUACGCACAGUACUAGUAGAAGUAGAAGUAGAAGUAGUAACAGUGGUGGACCACCUCUUAAGAGAUCAUAUUACUACUCAUCAUCAGCUGAUCCUCAUCACAGUGAAGCCGUGGCGGAUUGUAUCGAGUUUAUCAAGAAAACAUCCGUGGCGGUGGAGGAGGAGGAGGAGGAGGAGGAAAAUAGCAGGAACUCCGCUGCUGCCACUGAGAUGGUCAUCCCAGUCCCAGUCAUGUGAGAAUGUUUAUGUUCUGUUUUCUGUAAGGUUUCCAUUUGGUGGGUGGUGAUCAUGUGUUUUAACAUUUAGUUUAGAGGUGUGAGAUAGCCAGUAAUAUAUAUAUUAUAGUAUGUAAAGUUAAUAUAUGCAGGAUUUACAGGGAAUUGUAGAUUAUUUUAGGUUUCUUUUUCCUUAAUUAUAUGGUUGAUUUAUUAUUGUUA